CGAGCAGCUAUGGCGGCCCUCCUCCUGCUGCGCCGAGUCACCGCGACCUCGUCCAAGUCCGCGUUCAUCCUUCGCCACUAUGGCGCAGCGAAUCGCCGCUUCCUCUCCAACGAUGUUGCAGAAGACGCGCCGGUGCGACAAAAGGUCCGAGCGGACUUUCCCACGUUCACCCUUGAUGCAUUUGCCCUCCGCCAGUUCGACGACCCCGCGUAUGCUGGCACGAUCGUCAACUACGACAAGGAUGUAUUCGAGGCCAAGAUCAACGAGUUCUUCGAAGCCGGCGAGUGCGACCUCGUCGACGGGUACGCUCCGUUUUGCAAACAUUUGUUUGUGCCCAACUUCAUCAAUGCGCGCAUUCCAACGGUGCCCAUCACCAACAAGUCGGUCCAUUUGCUUCAAUCGGGGUAUAUUUCCCGCGUGCCCGAAGAACUCCCAGUAUUGACGAGAUGGUUUCCCAGCCACAGCGUGACCCCCGAGACGGCCAAGUACCUGGACAUUGUGCUGUACAGCCGGGAACAAGUUCGAUUGGAGAAUGCCGCCAUGGGCAAACCCAUCGACUCGACCGACUCUCCGUGGCGCAUCGUCGGCAUCAAAGCCCAGGUGGUCGACUACGAGCUGCCCAUGGAGCCCAUGGCCGUGCUGCGGAAUGCGCUCGGCACGGACGCGGGCGGGUCGGGCGUGGCCCUGGACAAGGACAAGUACCUUAAGUCCGUCGAGUACUGGUCCCAGCACGCCCACAUUAAGUACCAUUAAGACAUUUGUGGUUCCAUCUGUGGA